GGCUCGUCGUUGGGAUUCCGAGGCGAGGAGCGGCGGGCGGGAGACGAAAGAGGCGACGAGUGCAAUCAAUCUGCUUUAGUUCAUCAAAAUAAUGUCUCGCAGAAGAUCAAACUUAGGUCGUCAUACUCGCCAAGCGGAAGCAAAGCGAAGAUCAAUUGCAAAUCAAACAGAGGAAGAACGGGCAUCAGCAAAGGAGCGACAAAGACAAAGAACGGCUCAAAAACGUGCCGAGGAAACAGUAGAGCGACGUGCAGCCAGACUUGAGAAUGCAAGGUUAAGAGCACGACGAGAGCGUUCUGCCGCUUCAAAUCGCGACAGGCUGAGAGUGGCUGAAAGACGUCAACGAGAAACAGCAGAUCACCGACAAACACAACUCCGUGGUCAGCAAUGGCGUCGAUCAAGGAAUUACAGACUGAGCCACAGAAACACGUGGCCUGGUACAGCUAGUAUGGGUCCCAAAGUAGAGGAGACUCGGCAGCAUGUUGACAGCUUCCAAGAGAGCAAGCCUAACCUAGCUCUGCUUUUUGGGGAAGGGGCUAAAUAUGUACCCAGGAGGACCUUCCCUGAGAACCACCUGAGCACUGAGGGGAGGAAGGGAGGCCAAGAGAAUGGGAUCAGCCUCCAUCGGAUCAUUCCCCUUCCAGAAGACCGGAAAAUGCCACCGGAAGCGGAGAAAGUGUAUAAGUGCUAUUUUUGUGGGAAGUCUUUCGGCGAUAGUUUGGACUUGGUUGCCCACGAGAGGGUCCACAUUGGCGAGCAGAUCUACAAGUGUCCGGAUUGCGAGAAACGGUUCUCUCAUAGCCUCGACCUCCAGACGCACAAGAAGACCCACCAGGGAGAGCAGCACCAGGGAAGUCCUGCAACGUCAUGCAGUAGCGACAGAGCAAUGGCAUCAGAGGCCCAAUCUGGAUCAUCGCUUCCUGGAGCUAGAGUGGAAACCUCUGCCAUGGACCCAUCUCAGCGGCUGGUGUCCUUUGAGGAGGUGGCCGUGUAUUUCAGCAAGGGGGAGUGGGAUCUCCUGGGCCCCUUCCAGAGAGCUCUCUACAAGGAAGUGAUGCUGGAAAACUAUGCAAAUGUAAUGUUUCUGGGAAACAGCAACGGAGCACUCAAGUCUGAGGAGACCUUUUGGCAAGGAACACCUAAGCAAAUGAGCCACAGUAGGACACCCCUGGAAAUUGCCAUGGGGGAAUGUUUUUGGGGUCCCAAAGUGGAGGAGAAUCCCGAGACUCCUGACGCAGAAGAAGAACCAUCAGGGAGAGAAGCUGCACCGGUGCGAUUCGGACUGCGUGAAGUGCUUCCAGCAGCGAGCUUUCCUGAAGGCGCCCCAGAGAGCCCACUCCGGGGAGAAAGCCUGGAUAUUGCCGUGGGGGAAUGUUUUUGGGGUCCCAAAGUAGAUGAGACUCCCGAGACUCGGCAGCAUGUUGACAGCUUCCAAGAGAACAAGCCUAACCUAGCUCUGCUUUGUGGGGAAGGUGCUAAAAAUGUACCCAGGAGGACCUUCCCUGAGAACCUCCUGAGCACUGAGGGGAGAAAAGGAGGCCAAGAGAAUGGGAUCAGCCUCCAUUGGAACGCUCCCCUUCCAGAAGACCGGAAAAUGCCACCGGAAGCGGAGAAAGUGUAUGAGUGCUCCUUUUGUGGGAAGUCUUUCGGCGAUAGUUUGGACUUGGUUGCCCACGAGAGGGUCCACAUUGGCGAGAGGAUCUACAAGUGUCAGGAUUGCAAGAAACCUUUCUCUCAUUGGAUCGACCUCCUGACGCACAAGAAGAACCAUCAGGGAGAGAAGCCUCACCGGUGCGAUUCGGACUGCGUGAAGUGCUUCCAGCAGCGAGCUUUCCUGAAGGUGCACCAGAGGGCCCACUCCGGGGAGAAAGCCUGCCAGUGCUCUAUGUGUGGGGAGAGCUUCAGCUGGAAGUCCAACCUCAUCAGGCACUGGAGGACCCACAUGGGAGAGAAGCCCUAUCACUGCACCGAGUGCAGGAAAAGCACGCUUCACUUUGGGUUCUCCUGGUUUAAGAGUUGGCAGAAGAGGUGACCCAACUUUGGUUUACCCUCAGCCAGUGCCUACCUCACCUGCCCUCAACUUGCCACCAAUCUGGGGAGUGGCCAGCUGGUUGGCUUCCUCCAUAGUCUUAGGAUGUCCCUUGUAGAGCUCAGCAGGAAGGAAGGCCGGGGGGGGGGGGGGGACUAGCAUCAGUUGGAUCUGCCUGUCAUUGACUCUCUGGUUCCACCUACUGUUGGGCUCCCUGCCUUAAUGCCAGUGGAAACAAGCCACCACCAAUACAGAGAGAGAGAAAACACAGAAGCGUUUCAUAACUGUGGCAGGCAUCUUCCGGAUUCCACAUGGGUUGACGAAUUGCUGAACAUCGUGGAUGGGAGAGCUUUCCGGGCAGUGUUUUUUAAAACCACAUACGCAGCACAGGAGCAGUGAUUAGUGGUCCCGAGCGCAUAGCCUGCCUUAUGCACAUAGAUGGGUGUAGUGAGAGACUGGCCUGCACCUUUUCAAACUGAAGGUGCAAGACCUCCCAUCUUUAAUUUUCCAGAUUUAUUUUUAAUUUUUUAAAAUGAGAACCCUCUGGGCAAGUAAAAAUCUAGCACAUCAGGAAAAAUGGUUCUAGCCCAGCUUGCUCCCUGAUGCACUAGGUUUCUAUGUGCAGGGCCUUUUUAACAUGGAGGAACAUUUUGAAAACUGGUUUUUCCUUGCCACAGUCGGCAGUGGUACAAUGCACUCUAUGCUGCCUCUAGACUCUGCCACCUUUCAUGGUUGUAUACAAGCAACUCCCUGUUUGUGUGGGAGUUGCGUUCCUCGUUCCCAGGUGCAUCAGUGGGAUGUGUGUAAGUCUGCUCCGCCCCCAUUCCAUCCCCUUUUCAGUGCUGGAAACUGCAUGCAUGUCAGUGGUCACACAUGUGCCGAUCACACGUGUCAGGGGACCAUCAGGGGUCAGCAGAGAGCCCAGUGGAGUGGUGCAAGGGCUCUGAGAUGUUGAGGGGUCCGAGCAGCACCAGGGAAGUCCUGCAACAUCAUGCAGUAGUGACAGGCAAGCACUCGGUAUGGUGGAGGAAGGGGUCUCGGACGCUAGAGAGCAGGAGCAGCGACUCAGUAGCUCAGGAGGGGAGGGGAAAGUGGUAGCCCCUUCUCUGCAACAGUGCAGGGGUCAGAAAUGUAAGGAAGAGAGGAGGAGUUUAGGAGUUCCCAAGCUGCUUUGAAGGACGCCACUCCCAGGAUCUGAAAGUGACUGAUUGGACAUGAGAACUUUAGCUCUGUUGUGUUCCUAGUUUUUAGAGGAGGAAAAUGGGGGAAAAAAUUUCCCCUGGUUUUCCUCCUCUAAAAGGCUGGGAGGGGGGUGCUGGAGGGGGAGCUAAGGAGGCAGUGGGGGUUGGCGGGGAAGAAUGAGCAGCAUUGACUUCCUGCCUGUGGAGCUCUUUUCAGGGAGGCUCACCUGGCAUCUUUGGGGUAAUAAGCAAAAGCUUUCUUGUUCUUCCACACUGUUAAAGUUCUGAGUUUUAAACUAUUUCUUUGUCAGUUUUCCAUUGUGGUUUCAUUUUGUUAUAUUAAUUUCAGAGUUACAGAGUGGUAUAUAAAUGUAUUUAAGCGAACAAAUCCCUUCUGUUCACUUUUUUAGCUGUAUUGCAGCACUUUAGCUGUAUUGCUGCACUUGCGGUACAUUGUUUCUGUACUGAGUGUUAAUAAACUCACGUAACUGAUUUAGUUUACAUGAA